CUGCUUUUUAAUACAAAACAUGGCAAGACUUUGGAUUUUGACUCAGUUUUUACUUGUGUGUUUUGCAGCCUCUUUUCUUGCCUCUGAAUCCAAUGUAAUUAGAGCUCCUCAAAGUCCCAGGGUUGCCGGGGUCUUCAUGCUCAUUGAAGGAGGAAAGUACACGUUGAACUUCACAUCUGCCAGAGCUGCCUGCAUGUUACUGAACGUUACCAUAGCAACCAAAGACCAAAUGGAGCGAGCGGUGCAGCGAGGACUGGAAUUGUGCAAAUUUGGCUGGAUUGCGGAACAGAUCGCAGCCAUCCCACGGAUUAUAUCUGACAGGAACUGUGGCAAGGGCAAAACUGGGUUGGUGCUGUGGUCUACAAGUGUUGACAAAAUGUUUGGUGUUUUCUGCUUCAAUGCCUCAGAUUCAGAGGAAUCUCAGAGUACAUCAAAAGCCGUCCCUCAAACCUUCACAACUCCAACCAUGCUGACUUUGCUGACUCAAACCCCAACACCUACCACAUCUACGGUUAUAUCAACAACCAGGGCUGCGUCUUCAAGAAAGCCAGAAACAACUAAAUCCCCUGAGCAGACAGCUGCUUCUACUCUCCUGGUCGAGACAACACGUUCAACUAAGAUUUCCUCCACCUACACUUCUCUCAAGCCUUUCUCCACCGAUAUUCCUACAUCUCUCUCUCACCUCAUCAGCUCAAAACCAACAGUCCACACUGUUGCCUUUUCUACUUCUGUCUCCGUCGCGCCUCAAUCUAAGAACUCUGCAAAAACUUCUCUCGGAGUUGUGCUUCCAGCCCUCAUCAUAGUUGGCGUCAUUCUCUUCCUUCUGACAGCAGCAGGUGCCAUGUGGUACUACAAACUGAACCCAUUUUGGUCUCUGGGGCAGCAGAAAGACGACAUAGAGACAGAGAUGUGGAAGCAUACAGACAGUGAGAUGGACCUGCACAGUCAACACGGAGCAGAGGAGGAGGAUGACUAUGAAGAACCAGACAGGAAGUACUCCAGUGAUAUCACGCUGUGUGUGAAUCCAGACAUCAAAAAUAACUUGUCAGAGUAGCUUCACCAUAUUUGUGAAGAAGAUUCUCUAAAGUGAAAUGAAUGGACAAUAUAACCCAAAUGUUUAAAAUGAAUGUUUAAUACAGACUCGAGGAUGGUUUGUCUCCUAAAGGGUUUGAUUUGUUUCUUCGACUUUUCAAUGUGACUGUAAAUAUGCACAUACUGUACAUCUAUAUCUAUAUAUGAACGUUUUCCUCUAAAGGAGCUGCAGAUACUCAGUCCAUCAGUUCCUAAGGAGCACGUUUAUAAUUUUGAAAUAAAUCUACUUCAAUUGUUCAUCAAA